CGGUGUGGAUGUAGUUGGAUCGUUUCGUUGUACAGUACACGAGGUUUGGGUUUCUGAGGUGUCAGCAUGGAGACCAAACCGGGGGGACAGCCGGCGGGCAGAAAAAUGGCGACCCCCACAGUGACACAGAUGAAUGCCGAGUUUGUCACUCAGUUGGCAAAAUCACACUGGGCUCCACAUUCAAAGAACAAACUGCCGUUCGACCCUAAGGUGAUAGAAGAUAUUUACUCCAAGGAGAUUGUCAAGUCAAGGUUUGCAAUCCGGAAGAUAAUGCUAUUAGAGUUCAGCCAGUACCUUGAGAACUACUUGUGGGUAAAUUACUCGGCAGAGGUGUCUAGUAAAGCCUACUUAAUGUCUAUUUGCUGUAUGGUGAAUGAGAAGUUCCGUGAAAACGUCCCUGCUUGGGAGACUUUUAAGAAGAAGCCAGAACAUUUCCCCCAUUUCUUCAAGAGUAUAAUGGAAGCGUCCGUGCCAGAAGAAUCAAAAAGUGAUUGCACAUUACAUGAGCGCACAAUUCUCCUCCUUUUCCUGGAUCACUGCUUCAACAGCCUAGAGGUUGAUUUAAUUCGUGGACAAAUUCAGCAGCUCAUAUCACUGCCCAUGUGGUCCUGUCUGCAGCCGGCCCGUCUGGAGCAGGAACUAAAAAAGACCCAAAAACUACGGAGGUUCUGGAACCUCAUUAAGAAGACUGAUGAGAAGAUGGACCAGAAGGCAGGAGAGAUGGCCAGAGAGGAAAGGAUAUUUCUGCGGAAGCUUAUACAGAAGUUCUUGUCUGUGCUCAGAUCAAUUGAAGCCACAGGUCCUGUCUCCCUGGAAAAAAUCCACUAUUGUGAGCGCUUUAUAGAACUCAUGAUUGAUUUAGAGGCUUUACUCCCCACCCGCCGCUGGUUCAACACGGUUCUGGAUGAUUCUCACCUGGUUGUACACUGCUAUUUAUCCAACCUCUGCAAAAGAGAGGAGGAAGGACAUUUGUUUUCUCAGCUUCUAGACAUGUUAAAGUUCUACACUGGCUUUGAAAUUAAUGACCAGACUGGCAAUGCGCUCACAGAAAAUGAAAUGACCACCAUUCACUAUGAUCGCAUAACAUCUCUACAGAGAGCAGCAUUUGCACACUUCCCAGAACUCUACAACUUUGCGCUCUCCAAUGUCGCAGCUGUGGACACAAGGGAAUCUCUUGUCAAGUUAUUUGGACCACUGGGUCCCAAUGCACUCCACCGGGUGGCAUCAUAUCUCUGUUUACUGCCAGCACUCUCUGAAGGCGAGGAGACCAAAUAUGACAAAGGGUUUCUCUUGGAGCUCCUGGUGUCCCGACAUGAGCGUCGUAUUUCUCAGAUCCAGCAGCUGAACCAGAUGCCCUUGUAUCCCACAGAGAAGAUCAUAUGGGAUGAGAACAUUGUGCCCACAGAGUACUAUUCUGGGGAAGGGUGCCUGGCACUGCCAAAGCUUAACCUGCAGUUUCUAACCCUCCAUGACUAUCUUCUUCGCAACUUCAACCUUUUCCGCCUGGAGUCAACGUACGAGAUCCGCCAGGAUAUUGAGGAUGUUGUAUGCCGCAUGAAGCCAUGGCAGUCUGAAUAUGGUGGUGUUGUUUUUGGUGGCUGGGCUCGCAUGGCUCAACCUAUAGCGGCUUUCUCUGUUGUGGAAGUUGCCAAACCAAACAUUGGUGAAAACUGGCCAACACAAGUAAGAGCCGAUGUUACCAUCAACCUGAAUGUCAGAGACCAGAUUAAAGAUGAAUGGGAAGGUCUCCGCAAACAUGAUGUUUGCUUUUUGGUCACCCUGCGGCCCAUGUUACCAUAUGGAACCAAGAUUGAUCGUAGGCAGUCUAUUGCGGAACAGACUGGGCUCAUGUAUGUACGAGGAUGUGAAAUUCAAGGCAUGCUGGAUGAGAAGGGACGAGUUAUUGAGGAAGGACCCGAGCCUAAACCCAAACUCAAAGGAGAUGCAAGAACUUUCCGAGUGUUUCUAGAUCCAAAUCAGUAUCAACAAGACAUGACAAACACCAUUCAGAAUGCAGCUGAAGAUGUGUAUGAAACCUUCAACCUGAUUAUGAGGAGGAAACCCAAAGAGAACAACUUUAAGGCAGUACUAGAGACAAUCCGGAAACUGAUGAAUACAGACUGUGUAGUGCCCGACUGGCUGCAUGACAUUAUUUUAGGAUAUGGAGAUCCAGGAAGUGCACAUUACUCAAAGAUGCCCAAUCAGAUUCCAACUCUGGAUUUUAAUGACACUUUUUUGAGUCUGGACCAUCUGAAGGCUUGUUUCCCCGAGCACCAGGUGAAGGUGACAGUGGAAGAUCCAUCUCUGCACAAAGCCCCAUUCAGGAUUACUUUUCCUGUAUAUGGUGGAAAAGGAAAGAAGAGAAAAGAAGGCAGUGAUGAAGAAACUGUACAAGAGGAACCACUUACAUUAAUUGUGGAGCCUCAUGUCAUCCCUAACCGUGGUCCAUACCCAUACAACCAGCCUAAACGAAACACUAUUCAGUUUACUGCAACACAAACCGAAGCUAUUCGUGCGGGAAUGCAGCCUGGCCUGACCAUGGUGCAUAUGCGUAAAAUCCACAUCUCUGCUUCCUGCCCCAGCAAAAUAAAGUGUCUGACAGGAUGCAGUUACACAUCGUCCCCCGUAGAGGGAGUGCUGCCUGAUCUGCUAGCAGCCGCCAGCUACCUCUGGCACCCAAUCGUCAGCACCAUCAUCUCCAGUGUGUCAACUUCCGCACCAGCCACAGGCACUCGUGCCCCUCUCUGUCUGUACAACUGCUGUCUGGUUGCCUCCAGUGGGGAUCAGACGAGAGCUGCAAACAAUCUCUACCACAAUUUUCCAGAGCAGAGGACUCUUAUAGUCACCCAUUCCAACCAGGCCCUCAACCAGCUGUUUGAGAAGAUUAUGGCUCUAGAUAUUGACGAGAGGCACCUCCUGCGUCUGGGCCAUGGUGAGGAGGCGCUGGAGACUGAGAAGGAUUUUAGCAGGUAUGGAAGAGUAAAUUAUGUGUUAGCACGGCGCCUGGAGCUGCUGAAGGAAGUGGGGCGUCUGCAGGAGAGCCUGGGAGUCCCUGGAGAUGUGUCCUAUACCUGUGAGACUGCCGGCCAUUUCUUUUUGUACCAGAUAAUGUCACGGUGGGAGGCCUACCUGAGCAAAGUAAAAGCCAAACCUGCUCAAACUCCUGACGUGAGUGAUAUUGCCAAGCUAUUCCCGUUCCAGCAGUACUUCUCCAAUGCUCCUCAACCUAUAUUCAAAGGCCAAACCUAUGAGGAAGACAUGGAAAUUGCAGAAGGAUGUUUCCGGCACAUUAGGAAGAUAUUUACUCAGCUCGAGGAAUUCCGAGCCUUCGAGUUGUUGCGUAGUGGACUGGAUCGGUCAAAAUACCUUCUUGUGAAGGAAGCCAAGAUCAUCGCCAUGACUUGCACCCAUGCAGCUCUGAAACGCCAUGACCUAGUAGAGCUAGGGUUUAAGUACGAUAAUAUCCUGAUGGAAGAAGCUGCUCAGAUUCUUGAAAUCGAGACCUUCAUCCCCCUCCUACUGCAGAAUCCAGAGGAUGGCUUCAGCCGGUUGAAACGUUGGAUCAUGAUUGGAGACCAUCACCAGCUGCCACCUGUCAUCAAGAAUAUGGCCUUUCAGAAAUACUCCAACAUGGAGCAGUCACUCUUCACUAGAUUUGUGCGACUGGGAGUGCCAACUGUUGACCUUGAUGCCCAAGGAAGAGCCAGAGCCAGCUUGUGCAAUCUGUAUAAUUGGCGCUAUAAGAGUCUAGGGAAUCUACCUCAUGUGCAGUUGCUACCAGAGUUUAGAGCUGCCAACUCUGGCUUGCUCUAUGACUUCCAGCUUAUAAAUGUAGAAGAUUUUAAUGGAGUCGGAGAAUCUGAACCCAACCCAUACUUCUACCAGAAUCUGGCUGAAGCAGAGUAUGCGGUAGCUCUGUUUAUGUAUAUGCGUCUGCUUGGAUAUCCUGCCAAUCGGAUCAGCAUCCUAACCACAUACAAUGGACAGAAGCACCUGAUCCGUGACAUCAUCAACCAGCGCUGCGGCCACAACCAUGUUAUAGGACAGCCGAGUAAGGUCACAACUGUGGAUCGGUUCCAGGGACAACAGAAUGACUAUAUCAUCCUGUCACUUGUCAGAACCAAAGCUGUGGGUCACCUGAGGGAUGUCAGACGGUUAGUGGUAGCAAUGUCCAGAGCCCGGCUCGGACUGUACAUAUUUGCUCGAGUCUCCCUCUUCCAGAACUGCUUUGAAUUGACCCCUGCAUUCAGUCAGCUUACUGCUCGUCCACUGCGACUGCACAUUUUACCUGGUGAAUCUUUCCCGACACAGAGGAUGAAUGGUGAGAUGCCACAUUACCCAGCCCAGGUUAUUAAGAACAUGCCAGAGAUGGCCAUGUUUGUGUAUGAUAUGUAUAUGCACAUGAUGCGCUCCAGUCAGCAGUACCAGUACCGCCAAAGUCUUUUGCCACCACCUACUUCCACAAAGGGAAUCAACUUUGUCCCAUCUCAUGAUGAGGAGAUGGAAGUGGAAGAGCAGAUGUCACAAGGGACUGAUGGAGGGGAGAUGGUGACACAAGAAAAAGAAACCGAAUUGCCCACAGACACUGUGAAGAGAGCAGAGGCUGGAUUAGGCAGAAGCUCUGCUGAGGCUGACAAGGAUGUGAAAGAAGCCACUGAGAAGACAUCAGCUGAUGAUACCAAGAAAGCACAAGAAGUGCAGAAAGCAGAGGUGCAGCCCAAACACGACAUGGGAGAGAAACAGUCAGAUUUACAAGACAAAGUACCUGAGCCAGGAUCUGUGGAGCCAGUGCCCCAAACAGAGCUGGAUUCAAUGGAAACUGAAGGAGCAACUGGCCAAGUGGACAAUGAUAAUAGUCUACCCACAGAGGAGGAUGUGGAACAUCAGAAGAUGCCGGAUCAUCCUGGAAGAGACAGUGACAGUGAAUACAGUGAGAAUGAGGGGGCAGAGGACUAGUUUAGCAUGAUAACAUUCCUGCCAAAGAAUAUUUGAAUUUAGCAGGGCAGCUAAAAUAUGACCCGU